AUGUCUACCUCGACGGCUGCCGUGGAAGAAGCUCAGGCCGAAAUUUUGCACCGAAAGAAUUUGGCGGUUCGAGAAGUGAUUCUCAACCGACCCAAAAAAUUGAAUGCAUUGAAUUUAAGCAUGAUUCGCGCUAUUACACCUGAACUCAAGGCGUGGGAAAAAUCCGAUUUAGCCAAAAUCGUCUUACUCAAAAGCAGUGGCGGAAAAGGUUUCUGUGCAGGCGGUGAUGUGAAAUCGGUCGUUGAUUUGGCCAAAGCCGGUGACCCAGAUGCUGCGACCUUUUUUGAAGAGGAAUAUCAGCUCGAUCAUUUCAUUGCCACCCUCAACACACCUUAUGUCUCUGUUAUGGAUGGUAUCACCAUGGGAGGUGGUGUUGGCCUUUCGGUGCAUGCUCCUUUCCGUAUUGCUACCGAAAAUACUUUGUUUGCCAUGCCUGAAACCGCCAUUGGUUUCUUGCCCGAAGUCGGUGGUAGCUUUUUCUUGUCCCGUCUUGAUGGACAAUUGGGCGUCUACCUCGGUUUGACUGGCAAGCGCUUAAAGGGAGCCGAUGUUUUGUAUGCUGGUGUGGCAACGCAUUAUGUUCCUUCAGCUCGUUUGCCGGCCUUGGAAGCUCGUUUGGCUGAACUCGAAGAUGCUUCUCAUGACGUUGUCAAUACCGCCAUUGAGGAAUUCUCGGCCGAAAUGGAAUCAGAGAAACCAUUUUCAUUGGGCGGUGAAGUCCGCGCCGCUAUUGACAGAUGCUUCAAAUACGAUACCGUGGAAGAAAUUGUGGAAGCUAUCAAGAAGGAAGACUCUGAAUGGGGUCAAGAAACCUUGAAACUGUUGAACAGUAUGUCGCCUACUUCCCUCAAAGUCACAUUGCAGCAAUUGAGAAAUGGCGCCGACCUCUCGAUUGCUCAAUGUUUCAAGAUGGAAUACCACCUGGUCCAAAAAUUCUUGGAGGGCCACGAUUUUGCUGAAGGCGUCACUGCUGUGCUAGUGACCAGAUCCGAAGCGAAUUGGAAGCCUGCUUCUCUGCAAGAAGUGGAUAAAGACAAGAUCAAGAAGGAGUAUUUUGAUGCUCCGUCUCCCAAACGCUUGGAAUUGCUUUCGACCAAAGACUUUUCCCAAUACCCUCACCGAAAGUACAUGCUUCCCUCGGAGGAAGAAAUCAAGCGUGUUGUCACUGGUGAAGCCCCAGAUGUUGGACAGUAUGCAUUGACGCGUGACGAAGUCGUAAAUUACUUUGUCACACGACGCAAUCACAAGCAAGGCGUAAAAUCCAAGGUGCUCGAAGUAUUGGAUCGCAAAACUCGGGUCAAUGAAAAGGAUGAAGGCAAAAGCUUAAAAUGGUCAUAUUAA